AGGACUGAGUCCGAGACAAUAUGGCUUUCAUCCGAGGUGCAGUUUUGCUGAGUUUCAUCUUAUUUUUUGUAUUUUCGAAGUGGACUUACUGCGAGGAUCAGGGUUUAGUCAGGUCAAAAGACAAAGAAGUCUCUGAAAAUGAUGUGUUGGAUUGGAAAUUCUUUCUAAGUAACAUCAGGCACCGCAGAGACCUCGGCGGACCACUGGUCAUUGAUCACAGAUCCCGCUUUCAGUCUGUCAGUCUUGGACGAAGUAACAGCCUCCCCAAUCUCGGCAAUCCUUCGGGUCCAUCUGGCCGUUCUCGAUCAGCCAGUUUGCCAUCAAUUUCUUCGGGGUUAUCUAGUAGUUCUCGAUCGUCCAGUUUGUCUUCAAUUUCUUCGGGAGGAUCUAGUCGUUCUCGAUCGUCCAGUUUAUCUUCGAUAUCUUCGAGUGCAUCAUCUCGUUCUCGUUCUUCCUCGCUGCCUUCGUCCGGGGGCACCGACGCGUGGGGCAAGGCUGGAGCUAUAGCCACGGGAUUGGCUGUCGUGUCUGGUAUUGCCCAAAUAGGAGUUGGAAUUGCAGGUAUCGUUGAGAGUAAGAGACAGGCUGAACUGGCAGAGAAAAGAUUUGAGAAGGAGUUUGCCCUUACAAUUGAACAAAUGUGCGAGAAAGUAUGUGUCUCUCCGUGGACACAGUGGAGCCGGUGCACGGCAAGAUGUGGUGGGGGGAUGCAGCACAGAACACGAAAAUAUAUACCACUGCCAAAGAGAUGUAAAGAACUCAGUGAAUUUACCUGCACACAGCACACAUCUGAGCAACUCCGCUGUAAUGAAGAGUGCCCGAACGGCGGGGUGCCAAACGGCCAAGGGAACUGCACAUGUCCGACGGGGAUCGGAGGGAAAUGCUGUUCUAACGAUGUGACAUGCAGUUACCCGGGUAAACCCAGAAAUGGAGAAGUUCGUGGCACUUGGCCCGCCAUUUACAACAGUAUUGUUACUUAUUCCUGUGACGAGGGGUAUUCCUUAAAUGGAGAAGAGGUCCUCUUCUGUACGAAGAGAGGCACUUGGAGUAGCAAGACCCCAACUUGCGAAAGAAUAAAAUGUGCCAAACCUGUUAUCUCUGAUGGCGUCCGUCUAUUGAAUCCAAUGGAUGAAUAUGUCUUCGGCGAACAGAUUGCUCACAUGUGUGAAGACGGCUACCAGCUGAUAGGACCCGAGUUUAGGACCUGUAUGGCAUUUGACGGAAACUCAGGGAGGUUUUCAGGAUUCAGUCCUUUUUGUGAUAAAAUCAGUUGCGGAGAGCCAGGUACUCCGAGGUUUGGAGAACUCAGUGGAACCAAGUUCAAGUACAAUGAUGUGGUGACCUACAACUGUACGAGAGGCUACAGACUAGAGGGCCCUCAAAGACGACGAUGUACACUCAACAAACAGUGGACAGGACGGGAACCCACUUGCGUCAAAAUCACGUGCGCAGAGCCAAGGGAUCCAAAGCAUGGGCAGUAUGUAGGAAAACGGUCAACUUUUCCAUUUGCAUCUACGGUAAACUAUCGCUGCGAUCCAGGCUACAAUUUGAAGGGGUCAGCAAUUGCCCGGUGUACUGAAAGUGGAGAAUGGGACGUGCCCGAGCCGGAAUGUCAAGCUGCAAUGUGUGGACCACCCCAAACGCCUUUAAAUGGGACAAAGGACGGCAGUGUUUUUUACUAUCCCCACAACGUGACUUUUACCUGUUUUAAUGGCUACCGUCUCCGGGGUCCCAAAAGGAUAACGUGUCUAGCCAGCGGUGCAUGGAGUGCAAAUAGCCCCACUUGUGAAGCGUGUCCGAAGAACACUUACAUGGGACAAGAUGACUGCGCCCCUUGCCCGCCCAAUACGCACACUGUGACCGAAGCCAGCACAAGUCUCCAACAGUGUAUUUGUGACAGAGGGUAUACAGGACCGCCUGGUGGACCUUGCCAAGAAAUCCUAUGUCCCGUUCUGACAGCGCCCAAGAAUGGAAGCAUGGCACCGUGCGGAAAUCGAUUGGGAGCUCAGUGCAUAUUCCAGUGCAAAGAAGGUUUUAUCUUGUAUAAAGGGACAUCACAGAGAACGUGCCAGGACAACGGUGAAUGGGAUGGAAAACAACCUGCUUGUUCGCCUUGCCUAGAGAACACUUACAAAGCUGACCAAAAAAGUUGCCUGCCAUGCCCACGUUUCUCAAAUGCCCCUGGAAUCGGUAACGUAAAGGAGAACUGCGUCUGCGACAAGGGUUAUCAAGGACCCAAUGGAGGGCCCUGCUCAGACAUUAAUGAAUGCUUGUCGAAUGACGGAAAAGGACCUUGCAGCGAUGUUUGCACUAAUUUGGAUGGUACUUAUAAAUGUGAUUGCUCUAUCCCGGGGUAUAAAAUAGAUCCUACAGAUCGUCAUACUUGUUUGGCCUCAAUAACAUGCCGCAACUUAACGGAAGAAGAAGCCCCAGAGAACGGAGGCCUGGUUUGCCACUGGUACCGUGAGCAAAACUCCCAGCAGUGCACCACCAAGUGUAACCCUGGUUUUGAGUUUCCAUCCAGAACUAACGACUACGAGACUUGCGGCCCAUCUACCAAUUUUACCUGGUCUUUCCAAAACAAAGAUCCUAACGAAACACUGGCUGAUUGCAUAGAGGAAUAUUUUCCCGAAUUUAGGUUUGAGGCUGACUCAGCUUACUUUGUCAAAGCCUGCAACGAUUUAACACCUGAGCAACAAGAAGAUACAAAGAAGAAAUUCGCAGAGAGGCUUAAUGAAAAGGGAGUCUGCAAAAAACGUUCAUCUCAGAUUUGCAGUUUCAAAGAUAUCGGCAUUAUUUGUGGACGCACUACAGUUCGCAGACGCAAGAGGGGAAUAGAUGAGGUUUAUCAAUCAGUCGACUUUAAAUUUAAUGUUUCUUCUCUGAAACUUGGAGAAAAAUCCACGGACUGUAACAGAAUUUGUAGUUUCUUAAAAAUUAGAAAUGAAUGUGACAAGUACUGCAUCCCCGCCUACAAGCGUUUCUUGCAAGCCGCGGUUAGAUACGCUCGACGACAGCUGGAGGUAAUCUAUGGAUCGAGUGAUCACCGAAGUAUGGCCUUUAACGCUGCUCAGAGAGAUUUUGAACCGGUACAAGACGGAUUUAAAGCGUCUGACGUCAGUUUUAACUGCCCUGAGUCUGGAAUGAAAGCAUCCGAGAAUACCUGCAUCGCAUGCCAAGCAGGGACUUACUAUGACCAGGCAGAGAAUGAAUGUGUACCUUGUCCCAGAGAUAUGUUCCAACCUUUGGCGAGGCAGACUGCUUGUGUGGCUUGUCCUGUAGGAACAUAUGCGCCUCAGCCCGGGGCUGCUGUGUGCCAAGUUUGCCCUAACAACAAAUACGGGGACCGUUGUAAGGACGAGUGCAACUGCGUAAACGGAAACUGCGAUCCUCAGACGGGCAAAUGCCACUGCACUAACGGAUGGGAGGGAGAUACAUGCGAAAUGGAUAUCCCUGGAUGCCGAGAUGGCGGGUGCUUUCGUAAUGUCACUUGUACGGAUGUACCAGCUCCAGGAUCAGGUUUCCGGUGUGGACCUUGUCCUCCACAUUUUGUUGGAGACGGAUCUGUUUGUCGUCCUAUUGGGUUGUCAACCUUUUGAUCGUAUACUUAGAACUACGAUCUGCCCAUUCAUCAAACUUUUGCAUUUGACUUGUGUUUGAUCAUUAUUCCUUAGCACAGUAACCCACGUUUGCGCAUAUGCAAAAAUAAAUUGCUCUAAAUUGCAAAAUUGUGAAAAUUAACAAAUUCCUUUGGUAAUCACAAAAUGCUUGAUUGGAGAUGAUAAAGUUUCAUUUGAGACGAAUAGGUAUCAAUUUAUCAUAUUCGAAUUCAAUUUCCGAAUUUUCGAAAAUGAGUUUAAACUUUAAGAAUGUUAAUGAUUGGUUUGUAGACUUGAAAACAUCUAAUUUGUAGACUUGCAAAUAUCUGAUAACAACAUGAAUUAUUUUGAAGUGCAUUGUUUAUGAUCGAUAUUAGAUAAAAGGCAUUCACCUCAUUGAGAAUGUCUAUAAUUUCUUUGAAUAAUCCUUUGCUAAAAUUUACUGCUAGAAACUCACCAGGAGCUGACUGCGUGAUCAAGUUCUAUAACGCAUGCGCAUACGAUUUUUCUCUGUGCUGUAUUCCACAGGUUUUAUUCUGUUUUAUUCAGUGUGCAAAUAAACUUUUCCUCUCUGA